AUGUCCAAAAGAAACCUCAUCAUCGUCUCAAACCGACUCCCCCUCUCAGUCAAACGUGUGGAUAACGCAUACACCUCCAGCCUGUCGAGCGGGGGACUUGUCACCUCGCUAUCCGGCCUGACCAAGUCGACGCAGUUCCGCUGGUUUGGCUGGCCAGGGAUCCAGGUGCAAGACGAGGAGGAGCGGGGAAAAGUUCUGGAUUCGCUUGCGCAGCACGGUGCUGUGGCUAUUUUUCUGGACGAGGAGCUGGCACAUAGCCAUUACAAUGGCUUCUCAAAUCAAAUCCUCUGGCCGAUUCUUCACUACCAGUCCGGCGUUGUCUUCACGGACAAGCCCUGGCAAGCGUACCAGCGCGUCAACGAGCUGUUCGCCGAGACCAUCGCCGGCGCAGCGCAGGACGGCGAUCUCAUCUGGGUGCACGACUACCAUCUCAUGCUGCUACCGCAGAUGCUGCGUGCACGGUUGAAGGCGCAGGGAAAACACUGCGCUGUCGGAUUCUCCCUGCAUACGCCUUUCCCCGCAGGCGACUUCUGGCGCUCUCUUCCUGUGCGCAACGAGUUGAUUGAGGGGAUGCUCUCGGCAGAUUUGAUAGGUUUUCAUACGGACGAGUAUAAGCAGAACUUCACACAGAGCUGUGCGAAUAUCUUAGGUGCGAGGACCGAAAUCCCGGGCAAGAUCCAAUAUAAAGACCGACUGAUCUGCGCCGACAAGUUCAUUGUGGGAAUUGACCCAGCCAAGUUUGAAGACACGCUGCGCAACGAGCAAGUGCAGGCCCGGAUCCGCGAGUUGGAAGAGAAGUACAAGGGCAUGCAGAUUAUCAUUGGCAUUGAUCGCUUGGACUACAUCAAAGGCCUGACGCAAAAGCUCAAAGGGUUCGGCGAGUUUCUCGACCAGCACCCAGAAAUGAAGAAUAAGGUUGUCUUGUUUCAAGUGGCCGUGCCGAGCAGAGAGGACGUCAAGGAGUAUCAAGAGCUGGAGACUGAGUUGAGUACGUUGGUGGGAAAGAUCAAUGGAAAGCACGCCACACCAGAUGGAACACCCAUCAUAUACAUGCACCGGUCGGUCUCCUUUGACGAGCUGACGGCCUUGUACUCCAUCGCGGACGUCUGUCUCCUCACGUCAAACCGCGACGGGAUGAAUCUCGUUGCCUUCGAGUAUGUGGCCUGCCAGGCUAGACGUCAUGGUGUCCUUGCCUUGUCCGAGUUCGCCGGUGCCUCUGCCUUUAUGAAGGAAGGGAGUAUCACCUUCAACCCGGCGAAUACAACACAAGUUGCGGAGGCAAUAUACAGAGCAUUAACGCUGGACGAGGAGGAAAAGAAGAUGCGGUACGAGAAGCUUUCCAGCUUCGUCAAUGCUAACACCAGUGCAAAAUGGGGGGAGAACUUCAUCAACCGGCUGUCGAGACAUAUAUAG